AUGGUACAGAGCAGAUUUCAACGUGGCAAGGCUCUCGCUGAACUGAUUCGUCGAUUCCCAGACGCCGAUCCAAAUUAUCUAUUGGACUGUUUGGCAUGUUACAAUGAAGACCCUGUUCAACGUAUCUCCGACAAGAUGGUGUCUUUUAAAGGCUAUUACCCUAGGCGACCGUUGCAAUCAGAACCAGGAUCAGUUGUCGUCAAGAAUCAAUAUUUACAUUUCCUUGCAACCGAAUUGUUUCCCGACUGCCAUGUAAAUCUACUGCGUGAAUGUUUACUACCACAAAAGCAUUCGCAUAUUGAAGCAGUUUGCGAAAAGAUUCUACAAGAACAACAGUUACCAGUCCGACUACAAUCUGGAAUUAUUGAGAGACAUGAAUUCAUCACUUCAGAACAAUAUCGUUCUCAAGCAUUAAAUCAGUUAACGCACGAUUACCCCAAUGUUUGGAAGUCAUCCAUACGAGCCGUCAUGGCAGAGAAUAACAGUAACUAUCUGAAGAGCUACGAUCAACUGGCUGAAAUGGGAUCAGGAGGGUUUUGGAUUUCUAUUCGCAAUCUCUUAAAACACUGGUCCUCUUCAGCCACAUCUAGUACUGUACGUACUGCUGGCGACAAGUCGGAACUGGCGGAAGAAUUAAAUAUUAUAAGAAAGCGACGACUGGAUGAGCAAGAACGAACCGACAAAGUAUUUGCUACGACCUUAAACGACAAAGAAUAUGCAACGACUGGCGCAUAUAUUUCUUGUGAAUGCUGUUUCGACGACUGUACAUUUGAACAACUGCAGAGCUGUUCAGCUGGAGAACACCUAUUCUGCAAGGAUUGUAUUGAACGUUACAUUUCAGAGGGCAUCUUCGGACAAGGAAAUCUUCGAGGAGUAUCACCUAUAGCCUGCAUGAACUCUUCUAGCGACUGCGAAGGUAUAUUCGCGAGGCGUGUGUUGGAAGCAGCGCUGUCCUCACACGUUUGGAAAGCGUAUGAACUGUCAUUGACCAAGGAAGAAGUGUCAAGGUCUUCAUCUUCUGUUGUCCAAUGUCCAUUCUGUGAUUAUUGUGAGAUAGAUGACCACAUUAGGCCGCUUUCAGUCAUCCAAGAAUACACCCCAAUACUUGUAUUUUGCACAGCAUGCAUUCUUGAGCUGCCUGUUGCCUUCAUCCUUGCGUCAUGGUUUCAUGGAGUUGCUGCAUAUAUUACCCUCCUCGCUGUUCAUAUUAGCGUUCAGUGGAUGCUCCAUUUUGCGGACUGGCGGGACCAGAUUCGUAUCGUGUACAAACGUAUCCAAGAUAGACAUCGUGGAAAAUGCUUCCAAUGCCGGAAUCCCAAAUGCGGUAAAACCAGUUGUCUCCUUUGCAGUAAAGCUGUCAACGGACUCCAUUCUUGUACAGACGAUGCUCAAGAUGCAUAUCGACUCUACGUUGAAAAGGCUAUGGCUGAUGCUGUUAAGCGAACCUGUCCUAAUUGUAAUUUGUCAUUUCAAAAGUCGGAUGGCUGUAACAAGAUGACUUGUCUCUGCGGUUAUACCAUGUGUUAUGUAUGCCGAAAAGAUAUUGGAAAAGAAUCCUACUCUCACUUUUGUCAGCAUUUUCGUGAAGUGCCGGGGCGGUCUUGCGCAGAAUGCUCCAAAUGUGAUCUGUAUAAAACUGAGUCUGACGAUUCUUCCGUUCGAGCCGCUGCUAGGAAAGCUCGCCAGGAGUAUCUUGCUGCACAUCCUGAAGUACUUCAACACAUGGAUAAAGCGGAAACUCCAACUAUAGGACCACCGACCACAAUUGAAGCCCUAUAUCAAAGCCUACAGACAAAUGUACAAUUCAUUCUUGAAUGCAUAAUAGAAAUCAUAGUGUGA